AUGUCUCCAUCCGCUUUGAGGAACAUGGACAAGGUCGAGAUUGUCAACAUCCAACAGGAGAAGAUGGAUGUCUCCCUUGUGGACAUCCUCAACAAGGCCCUCAACCCCUCCGACGGGACCUCACGCUCGUUCCCGACCCUACUUUUAUACGAUACGAGGGGCUUGAAGAUCUUCGAGAAAAUCACAUAUGUGGAAGAUUAUUACCUCACAAAUGCCGAGAUCGAGAUCUUGACUUCACAAGCGAAGAGAAUCGUCGAACGCAUACCAGAGAAUGCGCAGCUGUUAGAGCUUGGUAGUGGAAAUUUGCGCAAAAUUGAGAUUCUGUUGCGCGAGUGUGAACGGGUCGAGAAGCACGUGGAUUACUAUGCACUGGAUCUUUCCCUGGUGGAAUUGAAACGGACGUUUUCUGAGAUCUCCCCAAGAAGGCUUUCAGACCCGAAGAAUCGAGAGAGACCCACGGUCGUCCUAUCGAUGGGGUCGUCACUGGGCAACUUCAACCGCGCCGCAGCUGCGAGCUUCCUGCGAGGUUUCUCGAAGGCUUUGAGUCCCUCGGAUAUGUUGUUGAUUGGUUUGGAUGCCUGUAAGACCCCUGAAAAGGUAUACAAGGCUUACAACGACUCCCAAGGGGUGACUAGAGAGUUCUAUGAGAACGGCCUGGUUCAUGCCAAUGCCGUGUUGAGAUUCGAGGCGUUCAAGGCUGAAGAAUGGGAGAUCAUUACCGAGUAUGACCAGAAAAACGGAUGUCAUCAAGCUUUCUACUCGCCUAAAGUUGAUGUGACGAUCAAUGGCGCUCAUAUUCCGAAAGGGGACAGACUGCUCUUUGAGGAAGCAUACAAGUACAGUCCUGAUGAGCGAGAAGAGCUUUGCCGCAACGCGCACCUGAUCUCGCAGGUUGUAUAUGCAAAUGCGACAGACGAUUAUCAUAUUCAUCUACUGUCACCAUGCUCAGUCGAGAUCCCACUGCGCUCAUCCGAAUACGCUUCUCAUCCCGUCCCCACGCUCAAAGAUUUCGAGACCCUUUGGGCGGUUUGGGAUACGGUGACCAAGACAAUGGUGCCGCGGGAAGAGCUCUUGUCGAAACCCAUUCAGCUCCGCAACGCGCUUAUCUUCUACCUGGGCCAUAUUCCCACUUUUUUGGAUAUCCAUCUUACGCGUGCACUGCGUGGCAAUCUCACCGAGCCCCAGUCUUACAAGGAUAUCUUUGAGCGCGGAAUCGACCCCGAUGUGGAAGACCCGGAGAAAUGCCAUUCUCACAGCCCGAUCCCCGAUGAAUGGCCUCGACUUUCUGAGAUCCUGGAUUACACAGAUCGUGUGCGAUCCAGGGUGCGAUCGGUUCUUCAGGAUGGCCAGGGCUCAAAUGACCGGACACUGGGGGAAGCUCUUUGGAUCGGGUACGAACAUGAGGCCAUGCAUCUCGAGACUUUCCUGUACAUGCUUCUUCAGAGCGAGCGUGUCCAGCCUCCGACUGGCGUGAAGACUCCCGAUUUUGCCUCGUUGGCGCAACAUGCAAGGGAGAAUGAGAAGCCCAACCAGUGGUUCAGUAUUCCAAAGCAAGCUGUCACGAUAGGCUUGAACGACGUCGAUGAGGACUCCGUACCCAGAGAGUCCUUUGGCUGGGACAAUGAAAAGCCUCAGCGCGUCGUCGAGGUAGACGCAUUCGAAGCCCAGGCCCGUCCAGUGACAAACAGAGAAUUUGCCAAAUAUCUUCAAGUGCAUCACAGCCGAGCAAUUCCCGCAUCGUGGAAGCUCGUUCAUGCUGACAGAGAAUUUGCGAUUACCAACGGUGUGGAUGAGUCUGGUUCUCGGGCGACCGAUGACUUUAUGAGCAACUUUGCGGUUAGAACAGUCUUUGGUCCAGUGUUGUUGAGUCUUGCUCAGGAUUGGCCUGUCAUGGCAUCUUACGAUGAGCUGGCAAGCUAUGCCGAGUGGGCGGGAUGCAGGAUCCCGACCUUCGAAGAGGUUCGCAGCAUCUAUAUGCAUGCAUCGAAAGUGCAGGCGGAGGCGAAGAAUGAGGAAGCCAAUCACCACAGCGACGGACCCACCAACAAGACCACAGCAACAAACGGGGCUGUGAGUGGUGUAAAACGCACCGCUAAUGGAGAAGUGAAACAGAGUCUUUGUGCGGAAACACCGGUAUAUCGCUCCCUCGAAGAUUGCAAUGUUGGCUUUCAAAAUUGGCAUCCUCUUCCGGUUACACCAAACGGCGACAAGCUUGCUGGCCAGGGUGACCUUGGUGGCGUUUGGGAAUGGACCAGCACUCCUUUAGCACCCCACGAAGGUUUCAAGGCCAUGGACAUAUAUCCCGGCUACACAUCGGACUUCUUCGAUGGCAAGCACAACAUUAUCCAAGGCGGUUCCUGGGCGACCAUGCCGCGGAUUGCUGGGCGCAGCACAUUUAUGAACUGGUAUCAACACAACUACCCGUAUACGUGGGCGGGCGCACGACUUGUGCGUGAUCUCUCAUCAUAG